CAUUAGUUAAUAUAUAUGUCCUGUCUUUUUGUAGACUAUGCUGUGCAUGAUUUUGGAGACCUGACCUUCAAGCAUCUGGAAAAAGAUGAGCACUUUAUGCAUGUGCCAUUCCCACGCACAGUUGGACGUGCCAAUCAGCUGCUGUCGGGAGCUGUGAGUGGUGCGGUGGGGGCGGGACACACCUGCAUCAUGUUGGGGGGAGACCAUAGCUUAGCGAUUGGUUCAGUGGAAGGUCACGCUCAGCAGUGCCCUGACCUGUGUCUGAUAUGGGUGGACGCUCACGCAGAUAUCAACACUCCUCUGACUUCACCUUCUGGAAACCUCCACGGCCAGUCUGUAGCAUUCUUACUUAAGGACCUGCAGAACAAGAUGCCAGAAGUUCCUGGAUUUUCUUGGAUGAAGCCUUUCCUGUCUGCCAGAGAUCUGGUCUACAUUGGCCUCAGAGAUGUGGAUCCAGGCGAGCAGUAAGCACACUAUGUUCUGUCAUCCAGGAUUUGGCACC